CCUUAUUAAUACAAUAUCUUAAUUUAUUCUACAUACUUUCAAGUUGCAAUGCAAAAAAUUUGUAUAUGUUUAUAGUGUUUUGUGCAAUAAUAUAGUAUAUUACAUAUUAUCGUGAUAUCAGAUAGCGUGAUCUCAUAUCGUUGAAUUUAUAAAGAUGAUAUAUAGAGUCACAGCAGCUUACAAUCCUUUCUGAUUAUAUGACCUUAUAUGUUCACUCUUUUUACUGAUAAAUAUUAAAGAUAAAAUGUCCUCAUGACAUUACCAUCAUGCUAACUUUAAAUAAAAAUUAAAAAACUAGCGACUAAUGUAGAAUGAAAAACAUUUUUAAUACAAUUUCAAUAGGUUGUUUAAAACCUUACUGUGAAUUAUGUAAAAGAUUACGGGAUGAGAUUUCUAACAAGAGAACGUGAUAUCCGCCACCGGAAUACUUUUUCGGCAAGUGCUAUUGAAGGAAGCUUUAUCACGAUCUAUAAGAUCGUGGCCUUUAUACACGGUCGAGAUUUUCGUAUGCCGAAUUUAUCCGCAUUGUUUGACUGUUUCUAAGGAAACAAGCUGUCUGGUGAAGGUGUCGAUAGCCACACAUCUAUUCCAAUCUAUUCCGCACGCAAAGCACGAAACUACCUUUUCACUCCAAGCUAGUCUAGUAGUCUCUCUGAUACGCGACAAGUUUUUCCAUUCAUUCAAUUUAGAGUUAUAAAGCAAAUGUGUAACAAAGUAACAGUGUUAUUUAAAAAUAUUUUCCUAAUUCACAAUAUUUAAAAAAAAAAGAAAUUGUUUGAAGAAAAUAUUUAACUGACUUCAGGAGAAAAAUGAGUGAAACAAUUUUGCAAGAAUCUAAAGAUACGCAAAACGCUAUUGAUUCAAAAAUCAUGGGUAUUUUAAAUCCAACAAUGCACCAUCAUGAUCUGUUACAAAGUUACGUGCUCGCACCAAUGGAAAGUCCAUCGAAUUCAAAACAAUACGAAGAAUUAGAGAACGCCGAUAAAACUCCGUCCUUAGGAGCUUAUAUCGACACAGAGUCUACCGAUGACGCUGAUAAAAGAAAUUACUUUGACGGUGUUAAAAAAAACCGAAGAAACGAUAGAAAGCAACAGAAGGAUAAAUCAGAAAAAUUGUCAGUUGAGUCGGAAGUGAAUAUACAAAAGAAAAAGAAAUGACGCCGACAGAG